UUCAGUCAGUUAGCUCUGCUAACCUAGCUGCUGGCGUUAGCACCGACAUCCCAGGCGCAGGAAAAUGAAGCGUUAUUGCCCUUUGUUUUUAAAUCCGACUGGCAGACGUUGCAUAAACGCCGAGAGCUGACUGAUCGCGCGAAUACGUGAUUUGAACGGCGGAAGGAUUUAUUGUAGGAUUUUUUUUUUUUUUUUUAAAGUAUCAGCCGUUUUCAAAACACUCUCUGGUUAGUCCGUUAGCUAACCAGCUAACUCUUGAUUCUCCCGCGACCCAGAAAAGCCAAGACUCCAAAACUUCGCCAGCAGGCAGAGAGAGGGUCACAGGUCCCGCUAACACUAACGCUAGCUAACGCCUGUCAGUAAGCUCUCCAUCUUCAUCCAAGUCCCUACUCUGAUGUGAACUGAACAAAAAAAAAUCUGCAGGAGUCAUCCUCGAAGUUGAGGAGCUGCCUCAUAGCUGGGGAAAGUCCAGGCGUUUGGGCAUCAAGUCAGGUUUUACUGGCAGUCUGCGUGCUUCUAAUCCACCAGCAUGUACAUUGGACAGUGGAUACCCUAGCCAAAACAGAUCCUGGCUUCCCAAAGAUGACAAGGUGCUGGCAGGCUGCAGCUACAAAAUGAUGGGAGGCAGUGAGACUGUCAGUGGGGACAAGGAUGGGGUCCAAACCACUGCAAUACACGUCCCCAUCGGCUGGCAGAGGAGAGUGGAGGGCGGUCAGGUGAUCUAUGUCAGUCCCAGUGGCACUGCCCUGUCCUCUCUGGAGGAGGUCAAGACCUAUCUGUUGACUGAUGGCACCUGCAAAUGUGGUCUUGAGUGUCCACUCAUCAUCCAGAAGGUUUUCAACUUCACUGUGGGAGUGAAGGUGGAACAGUACAGCCAGCCAUUAGGCAAAACAGAGCAGGACAUGACCAAACUGUGUAACCACCGCAGGAAAGUGGUAGCGAUGGCUGCUCUGUGUCGCAGUAUGCAGGCCUCACAGCUGCCCUUCGCCAACCUUCAUCAUCCAGAGGUGAGCAGUCGAGUAGACAGCCGUGAUCCAAAGGGGGUACUCGUGGAGCGGGAAGAAGAGGACCGUGGCAUUUACCAUCCCAAACUCCAUCCAGUCCCUGCUCGACCCCACAACAACUUCCAUUCAAAUCCCUGUGCCAGCCCCAAAUCCCCCCACCAGUUUAUUUACCCUUAUAAUGGUUCCUCCCCCAUCCUUCACACAGGCACAAACUCUCACCAUCCCUUAGAUACUCUAAGAAGGCUUCACCAUCCUCCUCCUCUCCCUGCGUCCUCCACCUCUUCAUCCAACUCCUCAUUCCAAUCUUACAGCGCUGUCCAGAGGUCACCCCGCACUCCCACACCUCAAAACGUCAGUCAAGGUCAAAGAACACCCAAAACCCCAGAGACUCCUGGUUCUCCUCGGCUAGGGCCCCUCUCUUCACCUCCUCCCUCUUCCCCUAUGACCUUUGGUGGAGGAGGAAGAGGAGGACAGACUCACGCCAGUCAUCCUCAUGGUGUCAUUGUGGGAGGCUCCACCCUCUCUCCGUCUCCCUCUCUCUCACCCUCUGUCCAUAACAUGAACUGUGUUUCUCCUCACCAGCGGACCCGCCACCCUUCAGCCUCUCCUUCCCCUCUCUCUGAGCAGGGUGGAGGCUCAACAGCAGCAGAAGGAGGAGGACAGAUGGGAAGUAACUUGCCUCAGAGGAGGAAAUCCACUCCUUCCUCUCCACACUCCCCUCUCCCUGUUGGCUCCCCAAAUCCCAGCCCCCACUUCCCAAAGUACAAGCUGGAAGAUAUCUUGGAGCAGUUUAAGAACUCAGGCAACAGCAGCACUAAUAACCACCACCUCCUAAACCCUAAUAACCCCUCCUUACUGACCAACCAAAGCAGUAGCAACCCUCAUGCUCUGUCCUCGAAGCCCUCAAAGAGUAUCAUGAGUCAGACUUCCAGUGCCGGAUCACCAGGUUUUGGGUUGAACUCCGCAGGCCCCUCUAAUUUACCUCUGGGGCCAUUUCUGAACCACCACCACAGCCAUCAGGGCAAAAUGCUGCACUCAGCUUCUUUCCCUGCAAGUAACUUGCUCUCUGCGGCUGCCAAGGCUCAGCUAGCUAACCAGGUAACCCAGGGCCAGAGCUCCAAUAUGGCGAGCAACGCAGUGAGCUUGCCCUCUUCCCUGGAGGUCUUGAAAGAGGCACAGCAGCAACAGUCAACAAAGGUAACUAACAGCACUUUACAUAACAGCCACCCUCCCUCCUCCAUCACUCCUACUAGGCCUCCCCGUCCCUCCCUUGCAGCAGCCUCCGCCAUCCUCUUUCCUCCAUCCCACUCUCUGGCCCAGUCUCUGGCUUCCUCUUUGCCCCACCUGCCUCCCACAGCAGAGCGCAACGCGUCGCACAGGAAGAGGCAACGGCGAUCUCCGACAGUGCUCAGCAUGCUAAGAGACACCCAGCAGCUGGCUAAUGGGCCACAGAAGACCCCACCAGGAGAAGCUGUUUCUGCUACAGUUAUCAACCUUUCCUCGUCUUCCUCCCCCUCCUCCUGGCACUCCUCCUCCUCCUCCUCUACCUCAGCUGUGCAGAACCAGAAUGCUGUCAUGUUGGAAACCCAUCAUCAUCUCCUCCCCGGGCAGAUGCCUAGGCACCCUGCUCCUCGACAGACAGCACAUCUUUCCAGGCCUUCUCGACAAAAUGAGGCUCUGGAUUUCACUACAGGCCUGACACCUACACCUCUUGGCUUGGACCCUCCAACCCAGCCUCUGUCUGCUCUGUUACACCUGCUCAGUGUGCAGAAUGCGCAGGCCUCUGCCGCAGCCUCAGCAUCCAACUCUGCUUCUGCUCAGCCAGGGUCUGUAUCUGUUGAAGGAGGUGGACACACUACUAAACAGAGCCCCAGACUGUCACCCUCUUCUCCCCCUCAUCAUUCUAACGUCAGGCACCCCCAGAGUCGGUCACCCUGCCGAACCAAUGACACUAAUUCUCUGCCCUCUGUGCAACAGCCGCUUUCUCCUCCUCCCACUUCCUCUCAGUUCAGAUCACUGCAGUCUCAUUCACACCCUCAGUCUACUAAAUCAAGCCCUCUACAAAGACACUCUCCUUCUUCAGCAGUGCUGUCCAACUCAAAUGUAGCUUUACACAACAGCAGCAGCCCAUCUCAGCAUAUGUCUCCAACUACUUCAGACAAGCAUCAACCAACUGAGAAUCACAUUACUACAAUAGACUCUGUUUCCUUGGCACCUUUGCAGGAAGCCUCACCAGAGGGCACUGUGGCAAUGGAAAUAAGUAAUAACAGCAUAUCAACAUCAGUUGACCUGAGUCAUUCUCAAGACAGUGUUUCUAUGGCAAUAUCCACCUCCCCAAAGCCUCUUGAUCUUAGCAACCAUGUCCUGGCCCUUCUCGCAGCAUCUUCCACUGUGCCACAGGGGGAGGGCAGCUCCUCCGAACGUACCACUGAUGUUGAGAUGUCUUCCCAAGGAAAUCACACAGCAGGGCCAGAGGAGCCUGGAUGUGUGGACCCAAAGGUCACCACAGUGGCCAAACCUCCAGCAGCCACCAGCCCUGGGCCCGCCAUCUCCUCUCGUCUUGGGGAUAAUAACAAUCCCCCCACCCCUUCAGCUGUGGGUGACUCAACCCCUCCUUUACCUCUGGCAGAGGCCUUCCCCUUCAUGAACCAAGAGCAGCUGCUUCAGCUGCUGUCAUCCACAGGAGGUCUACCAUCCCUCCUGGACCCUACAGUCCUUGCUUCAUUGCCCCUAGGUGGGGUGUGGUUGGGAGGACAACAUGCACAGAUACCCUCUGCCAAUGCUACACUACAAACACCACAGAAUAUUGCAGAGCAGCAGCAAUCAGAGCAGCAGCAGCAGCAGUUACUGAUACAACAACAAGAGACACAGCAGCAAAACCAGGAUCAACAACAGAAGCAACAACAGAUAAACAAUCCUCUGUUUCCCUUGUUGCCCUUGUUGAGUGGUGCCCAAGGGGAGUUGCCUCUGAACCUUUUGGGCCUGUUGAACCCACUCCCACCCCCAGCCUCAACCCCUACCACAGGACAGGAAGCUGAUUUAGGGCUAACGGAAAAACCUAGCCUUCAGGCUUUGCUUAUGGCCUCCUUGUUGCUCGGGCAACACCAGGCACCUUUGUUACCUCUGUCUGGGCUGGGUCAGUUGAGCCAGGUCAGCUUAGAAGUUCCCCUCCAGCAUCCACAGCAGAUCCCCACCACAUUGGAGGGCCUCACUCUGGAUAAGGCCUCUGGCCUCCUGGAUCCAUCUACCCUGCCAGGCCCAGGGCUAUUGGAGGUCGCCCAGGGCCUUCUCCCCAUUCCUCCAGGAGCUGAGGGCGCUCUCCAAGCCCUGCAGUCUUUGCUCCUUCCUGCCACUCUUCCUCCUCCCCCUGCCGCCUUCCUGCCCCUCAGCCCAGCCUUGCUCACUGCUGCCCUGAGCUCUGCUGAGCUCCACCCGCCUCCCCACACCCAAUUAGCUCCUGCACAGCAAACCCAACAUACCCAACCUCAGGUACCUACUGAUGCUGGUGUUGACACACUCAUACCCUUAUCUCUCCAAGGCAAGGACAACCCCAUCCUCCAACAGUUACUUCCCACUUUGCUUAACCCUGCUGUAUUAGGAGAUCUUUCUGGCAUCACAGGCCUCCAUAACAUGGUGGGGAUUGGAGCAGGUUCCAUCCUCCUACCCCCAGUCCAAACCUCUGCUUUGGGCAUGCCUCUGUUGCAGGGUCCUGAUGGGGCCAUCAACUUGCUCAAUAACAUACAGCUAAACCUUGCACCGCCCUCAGAGGGAGAAAAGCCAGUCUCAAUGCAGGAAACACAAAGCCCUGCCCCACAGGAAGACAUUCCAGCCAGUCAGAUCAGUCCUGAUGUGGUCCCCAGUCCUGCUCCAGCUCUGGCCCCUGCCCAAGAACCCACCCCACCCCCCCAGCGAGAAUCUGAGGGCAGGUCUGUUAUCGAUCCUUACACCUCUUUCAUGGACACGAUUUAUACCUCCUUCCUCCAAGUCAGUGCUAAAGAGCAGGAAGACGGAGCCCACUUGGGGCCAUCUGACCCCACUUCACCCUUCUGUGCCUUACCGCCAGUUUCUUUCCCUGUGGAGCACCAUACCCCGUCCACCCCUGUCCCAACUUUGCCGCAGGCAAGUGCCCCAGUCUCCCUGAGUCCACGUAGGGCCUGUUCCCUCCGCAACCCAGACUUAUCCCGACUCAGCCUGGAAGCAGCAGCCCAUUCCCCAGCCCAGGGGACACCCAAACCCACUGAGGACGGGUCUACAUCACCCUUACAAAGGAAGCCAGUCAUAGUAGAGGGACAUACCCACCCAGAGCCUCCUAUGCCACCCAUAUACUUGGAGGAGGCUAAGACAGACUGUACUGGGCCUGCUGCAGCUGCGUGCCCUUUUGUGGAGGCAGGGGGGGAUAGGCAGGGGCAUCUUCCCCAUUCAGGGUACCUCAGUCCUAGGGAUGGAUGCAGUGGGAGGCCCAAUGAGGAGACAGCUGGGACAUUGCUGCACACCGAACAGGGAAGGGAUCAAGCAGGAACAGCGGGUGGAGCCAGAAGAGGAAGGAAAAGGAAACAAACGCUACAGAAUGUGUUAGAAGACUUCAGAGACAUGGAUGCUACAGCACUAGAGGAAACCAAGGCUACGACAGCACUGCUGAAGCCUGAGAGGUCAGUCCGCGGCAGGAGGCGACGAGGCGCCAGGUCUCAGAGGCAGUGAUUGGUGGAGGGAGCUGUCAGUCAGAGCUGUUCACCAAUCAAAGGUGGCUAGAUGCCCCCCC